UUAUAUCCCCUACCGCAACAAGUCUAUAUCAUGCCUAUGAAUUCAGGAAAUCACAGAUACUUUUACUUGUUUAACUGUUAAAGAAAUUGGCCGGAGCUCUGCAUCCAAUUAAGUAUGGUGAGGUCGUGGUGCACUUCUGUGUUCAUAAAAAAAUGAAAGAAGGAUAGUUCUACCUAGAAUCAUUGGCAUCCAGUUCCAAGCAACCCAUUUGCUCCUACAUAAGCGAUCACAGUUUGUUUGGAAUAGCAAGGCAAGCGCACAGCACAACCAAUUGGCGCCUUGGCAAGUGAGGCGCGCGCAGCUCAGAGCCUCAGACAGCACUAAAAGAAUUGUCGCCAUGGCAGCUGCGGCCAAUGGCGCGGAUGACCACGAGCUGCCGCUCUUCCACCCGUCCCCUCCGUGCGCGCACUACUACGUGCAGAGCCCCUCCGCAGCGUCGCACACGCUCAGCCACCCGGCGUCCGAGUCCAUGGCGCUCAUCCUCUCCCCGUUCCCGAACCUCCAUCGCGACGCCGACGACGCCCGCCACUCCCGCGACAACGACCACGAGGAGGCCUCCCGCCUCACCCUGUCCCGCUACUCCUCCUCCCGCGGCUCCAACAGCUCCUUCCCCGCCGGCGCCGACAGCAAGAAGCCCGGCCGCCGCCGGCAGGUGCUGAGGGUGCUGUCGGGGCGGUCGUCAGGCGGCGGCGACGGCGACGGCGACGGCGACGACGACGCGGACGGCGAGGCCGAGAGGAGCGGGGCGUGGAGCUACGUGAAGCUGGACCCGGAGGCCCCCUGCUGCUGCAUCGCGUUCCAGGUGGCGUGGAGGGUGGCGGCGAGCGCGGCGCUGGCCCUUCUCGUGUUCGUGCUGGCCACCAGGCCGCGGCACCCCGGGGUGUCCUUCAGGGUCGGCAGAGUCCAGCGGUUCGCGCUGGGCGAAGGGCUGGACGCGUCGGGCGUCGAGACCAGCUUCCUCAACUGCAACUCCUCCGUCGACAUGGUGGUCGAGAACCACUCCAAGGUCUUCACCCUGCGCGUGCACCCGCCCCUGCUCGAGAUGUCCUUCGGCCGCUUCGUCUUCGCAACCGCACAGGGAGACGGCGGGUCGCACGACGUCGGGCCGCGCGGCACGUCGACGGUGAGGCUGUUCGUGGCGGCGCAGGAGAAGCCCAUGUACGCGGCGGGGCGCGGCAUGCAGGACCUGCUCGACUCCAGCCGCGGCCUGCCGCUGACCGUCACGGUCAGGGCGCGGUCCCGGUACCGAGUGGUGGGGAGCCUGGUCAGGCUCACGUACCGCCACGAGUCCGAGUGCGUCGUGCUCCUCAGGAGGACGCCCGACAGGAGCAAUGGCAUCGCCGCCGCAGGGAGGGCGACCUGCUCCGCCGCAAGUUAGCGUGUGCCUCGUAUACAUUUUGCCGCUGUCUCUUGCGCCUUUCGCAUUUUUUUCGCCGGAUUCCUUAACCAGGUUGAAGUAUAGGAGCAACCAGAAUUUCUUGACGUACCGUAAGACAUGUAAUCGCGGGUGUGAUUGGUGUGCUGUGCGUGCAUAGUGGUGUGUAUUUUGCUCAUGAA